AGUCCUUUGGUAUCCAAGAAUAACUUCAAAAACAUUCGUCUCGGCAGUUUUACGCAAAAAAACUUACAUGUUCGUUGUCGCUCGCCCGAGUUGGUUGAUUUCAUUCGAUAUAUGAGAACUCUUCCUGGCGCGGCUUCUGAUACAUGAUUUGUUUGCUCGCUGACCGGAGAAUAUAGCCUCUCUGAUAAAAAGGUUUUUGAUACUUGCCGCAGAAUCUUUGCAGGACUGCUAGGCGCCUUUGACAACUUUUUCGACUGUGACUUCAGUAAUGGACGACAAUAGAUGCUCAAGGACCGAUUCUAACACCAAACUCUAUUUAUUUAAUGUCGGGGACAAGAUUGAUACCAACUAUACGAUAAUAGCUCAGAUAGGAAGAGGCGGAUAUGGCGAAAUCUACAAAGCUCGGAGGUUGAGCGACGGUCUCGUUGUAGCAGUUAAGGUCGAAAAAUCAAAUAAACCAGGUAAUCUGGUGCAGGAAAUAAGAGUUUUGAAAGUCUUACAAGACUGCGGUGCAAGACAUAUUCCAAAGUUGCUAGCUGCUGGACAACAUUUAGGCAUCAGUUAUAUGGUCAUGGAGCUUUUGGGCCAAAACCUUUCCACGCAUCGAAAUCACCGACCGUCCCUUAUAUUCACACUACGUUGCACGUGUAUUAUUGCGAUUUUGAUGCUCAAGGCUAUUAAACAGGUUCACGACUAUGGGUUCUUGCAUCGAGAUAUCAAGCCAACCAAUUUCGUUAUCGGCAGUUUUAGGGAUCCGCGGGAGCUGUUUAUUAUUGAUUUUGGCCUCUCGAAGCAGUAUGUGAAGCCCGACGGAACGCUAAUCGCGAAGCGGCCCAGGUCUCGUUGGGUUGGUUCGUGGCGCUAUAUGUCUCCUAAUGUUCACCUGCAGAAGGACCAUGGGAGGCGCGACGAUAUGUGGGGAUUUCUCUACGUGAUUAUCGAACUUUAUUUAGGAACUUUGCCUUGGAAAUCGAUAAAGGGGCCGAAGAACGUGGACAGAAUCAGAGACAUCAAGUUAGCCUACAUGAACGAAAGGCUGACUUGCAAUCUUCCAGACGAAUUUACUCUUAUUUUGAAUCAUAUAAGGACAUUGUCCUUCGAAAGUAGGCCCAAUUAUCGGUACUUGCAUACGUUGCUCAUGACCAUGUACUUGCGAGAAGGCGGCACCAAGGACUCUGCCCGGUACGACUGGGAGGAUGACGUGCUGUACAGCAAGCUUUACGCGCCUUCCGGCGGCCUCCGCAUUAGCAUUAGCUCGAUUACCUCGGACGAGACCGUGUCGAAAGAGCAAGCUAUGCGUGCGAUUGAUAUCAAUGAAAAUAUGUCUCUUGUGCAAGACUGCAAACUGACGAGCAACGUAUCGCUUCAGAGCACGACGGACGUUGAACAAUCCGAAGGCGUAUUUGUAGAUACUCAGAUCUGCCUCCAGCAAGACGAAUUGGACGGAAAUCGCGGAUACGAAGAUAAUCGCCCAAACGUUCAAGAGAGGCAGUUUAAUGGAAAUGCAACAAAAAAAUUAAGCCGGUACAAAAGAUGGAAAUCAAAGUUGAAGCAUCACAUAACUUGCCACGUUCAAUAAUUUUCGAAAAUGUGGUAAACACUUUUUGGCGAGUUGCAAGUCUCACGGUGCGAGGUGGGCAUUCCUUCAAACAUUCUCACGCUCAGUAAGUUCGAAUGCAGAAAGGAUUUGGAAGAAUGGGUGACGCGCGAUAUAUUGUGUAUGGUCCUGUGUAUUGAAGGGUUGAAUAGAAAUGCGUUCAUCAAUCCCCCUUCUGAACGUAUUUGCGCAUUUUUUGGC